UCCAAUAUGGACGCGUCCAGUUGAAACGCUACCUGCUGUUUGAGUUUCGAACGAAUGUUUUUAUUUCAUUUAUUUUAAACAUAUUGUUAUUUCUAUGGAAAGCAUGGCGAUUCUUGAAGAGACUGUGUGAGCUGUCAUCUACUUCUGCGAUGACUUCAUUUAAUGCUAUGUCAUGUUUGCAAAGGCUGCACACCUGCUACGUGGCUCUCUUCAAAAACAGACCCCAUCCCUGGACUGUUUUUUCUCUGAGCAGAGCUUUGCAUUACACUGCCUGUGAACUGCAGUGUUCAAGCUCAGACUCUUCUUCCACCGUCAGCAGUGUAAACCAGACACAGAUUGUGCCAGAACCUGUGGAUGAGGGCCCUCCAUCUCCCCCCAGCCACUGCUGUAUGAGCGGCUGCCAUAACUGUGUGUGGAUCGAACAUGCUGAAAAACUGCUGAAAUAUUACAACGAUGGUGGAGACAGAGCUCUGGCGGCCAUUGAGGAGAACGUUCUCGAUGACAACCUGAAGGCUUAUCUUAAAAUGGAGAUCAAGUUACUGAAGAAGUCGUGAUGAUAGUGAACUUGGGUGGAGAUGUACUGAGAGCAGAUUGUUGCAGCAAUUAUCUGCACUAUUUUUAAUGGGUGAGUCAUAAAAAUAAAUAAAAAUACAUAUGUAUAUUGCAGGAAGACUAUAAAUCUUAAUUGUAGGAACAUAAAUAUUUUUUGCAUUUUUUCAUAACAAUUAGCACCUUUCCCCAAAAUCCUCAUUAUUGUAAUGCAUACAGAUGUUUUACUUCUGAGGGUUUUUGUUUGUAAUGUCUUUAUAGCAUAGUUUAAAACAACAAUUUGACAAGAUUAUGGCGCUUUUUUUUUGUUUUUCUUUUAGUACUCUUAACAGAAUACAGUACGGUUUAUUAUGAUGGAAAUAUACUUAUAAAAAUGUUGUGAAUUUUUAAGGCUGUGUUCAAUAUCACUGGCUUAUAGAACUGACAGAUGUCAGACUACACCCAUGAUAAGACUUUAUCUAAAACAUGUUUUUUCUUGAAUAUUUUUACUCUCAAAGUGAAAACAGUAUUAAAUGUUGAAGAUGUUAUGUAUUUACAGGUAAUUUAUACCAUUUUGUACAUUAAAAAAGUCUUCAAUUGUUUAUUUAUCACUUAUUUAAUGUGAGAUGUGUAACUUUUAAGUUAUUUUGGAGAAAAAUGAAUUUGUUUGCAAUAAAAUGAGGCCAAAACAUUUUUGGAAAGUUAUAUUUUUGUUAAAACUUCUUUUUACUCACCCCAAACUUUGAACGAUAGUGUAUAUUGUUACAAAAGAUUUCUGUUUUUUUAAUAAAUGCUGUCCUUUUUAACAUUUUAUUCAUCAAAGAUUCCUGAAAAAAGUAUCACAGGUUCCAAAAAAAUAUUAAGCAGCACAACUGUUUCCAACAUUGAUAAUAAAUCAACAUUACAAUGGUUUUUGAAGAAUCAUGUGACAAUGAAGACUGGAGUAAUGAUGCUGAAAAUUCAGCUUUGCAUCAGAGGAAUAAAUUCUAUUUGAAAGUAUUUUAAAAUAGAAAACCAGUAUUUUAAGUUGCAAUAAUAUUUCCCAAUAUUGCUGUUUUUUUCUGUAUUUUUAAUCAAAUAAACAGCAUUUAUGAGCAGAAAAGACAAAAAAAAACCCUGAAAUUUACUGAUCCCAAACUUUUGAACUUUAUAUAUAUAUUUCUUUCUUUAUAUAUAUAUAUACAUAUAAAUAUUAUAUAU